CGUGCGGACAGGCAGCAUUGGUGCGGCGAGGGGCUUCGGCGGAGCUUCUUAUCUUUACGCUGCUUGGAGAUGAAACCAAGGCGGUUUCUAAUCUGUGCUUUGUUCCACAGGGCCAUAGUAUUCCCCGGUUCAGUGGUAACCCACGUCCAAUGAUGGCAAUUUGUUUUCACUCCAUCGUUGAUACUCAUGUUCGCUUUUCAUGUACAGAAACCCGUGAGAAACAGCAUAGUCUCAGCAAUCCUGGCUUCAUGCAAAAUCUAGAAGCGUGGACUUGGGGUGACGCUGGGAUCACAUGUCCCUUAACGGUAAUUGGCCGACGGCGGCGGCACUGGACGUCGAUCUGGCUCUGGGGGCAAAACAUCGUCCUUCAGUCAAAGGAAUGUCCUGCCUCUGUGUUUCGGACCGGAUUCCAGAAGAUCUGGUUCUUCCAAAUGAGCUUGAAGGCGAUGUUGUCGUGCGGGGACCAGUCCGGUUCUCCCUCAGUAUUUUUUCUCCGGCUCACGUACCCACUGUGAUUGGUUUCCUCAGGUGUUCUACUUGACAUUGCCAGGAUCUUAUCGUAAUUCCGCGUUUGACUGAAGGCGAGCUCAAUGACAGGUAGAAUGUCGCAUUGAAGGAGGCACUCGCCUAUGGCCCGUUGACUUCCGAACACGAUGCAUGCUGCGCUAGACCCUUCAUCGUUAGCGUUCGUUCCAAGGUGUGGUUUCUACAGUAUCAGCGAGAUUUUCGAGGCUGUAGAAAAUUGUUCAAUGAAGCCUAGAGAUAAUGAUCGCGGAAAUGUAGCUCCGAAUCCAUGCGAUGCGCUUCUUUCACUCGAACGAGAAGACACCGUAAUGGGGUGUGAAGAUUAGACCUUUCGUGGGACUGGGAAAUGGGCAGUUGACUGCGAGAAGUGUCCACAUAUUUGCAGAUGGCAUGUCUCCACUGCAGAAAGAUCUCUGUCAAUCACAGCACUCCAACUAAUUUGAAUUUGCCGCUGUACGAGCUAUUCGGGCUCAAUCCGAACACUUCCGGUCUCCUUCGCCUAGAGCCUCAGGUGUCCUUCGCUGUCAUUUGAAAAAUCCUGAAGGACAGUUGGCAAGUCGACAUUCACGCAAUCGGAGAUCGUGUCCACGGUGGCGUCCUCGAUGCAUUUACGGCUUCGCUCCAGGGCGUUAAUAUGUCUGCGGCUCAGCCUAGGCUCUUGCACGCACUGUUAAUGACCCCAGCCGAUAUGGGAAGACUGGGCACAUUGGGCGUAAUUUCCAGUGUCCAAUGCAGUCACGCGUGCGGGGCUUAUCUGGAGCUGAGCCGGAGGGUCUCGACUGAUCGAAAUCCAACCAGGAUGGGUGACAUGGAGAAUGCACAGGAUCGUCUAGCAUGGGCACGUACAGGGGAUGCCGCCACGUGCUGAAUCGCUGUUUCCAGGGCCCGGGGACGAGUGAAAGCUUUAUAUGCCUUCUGACUUGGGCUCGACUUCGCCACUCAGAUCACCCUGGCUCAGAUUCUUCUCAGUUCAAAAUCAUGGACCCGAUGAUGGGAUAUUACGCUACCGUUACGCGUCUCGCGGUGAAGGAGACGUCCCCCCGCAAGAGCAAAGGAUGGAUUCCAAAGCAAAUACGAACACGGAUCCAGGCGCUUCGGGGCAUGACUAACGACUCAGCCUAUGCAACCAUCUCUGAAUCCGACACGGAAUCGAUAGAACUGGGGAAGCGACCCGACUUCGUGGUGUUCUCCCCAGAUACAAUGCACCGACCCGCGGGGAAGAUCACCGAGACGAGGCCGCUGACGACCGCGGUCGACGGUCGGGGGAUGUCAGGCAGAAAACUAUGAGGACCCAAAUAACGAAUUUGUCUACGAUUACAUGCAGGAUACGAAUACAAGAAUGUACAGGGAAUACGACUCAGUGAAGUAACUCGACUGGUCUGCUAGACGUCCA